AUGACAUUAGCAGAAUGUCAAGGCAAAACAGUUGAUAAACAUUUAUCAUUUCAAAAAGGUGAAUUUAUUCUUGUACGAGAACAAAAAGAUGCAACAUGGUAUAGUGGUCAGCUUAAUGACAAAAUUGGUUGGUUUCCACGAAAUUAUGUUCGACCAGCAACUGAAAUUGAGAUAGAAAAUAAUAAAAAUUUGACAAAGAAAGCAUCAAUAAGUGAAAAAUCUUUGAAUUUACCAACUUCUAAUGAUCAAUCAUUAAAUGAUGUCGAUACUGGUGAUGUAUAUGAAGCUAUUUAUUCAUAUGAAGCAACUGAUCCAUCAGAUUUAUCAUUUGAUAUUGGUGAACGUGUUAUUGUAUUAAAAUGUGAUGGUGAUUGGUGGACAGGACAAAUUGGUGAUCGUACAGGAUUAUUUCCAAAUAAUUAUGUUCAGAAAGUUAAUAACAUACAAAAAACAGUCAUUGCAAUAACACCAUUUCAAGCUACAGAAGAAAAUCAUUUAUCAUUUGAACAAAGUCAAAUUAUUUAUAUAACCAAAAAAGAUGAUAAAGGAUGGUAUCAAGGAGAAAUUCGACUUUCUGAUCAACCAGUACCUGUUGGUUGGUUUCCUGGUAAUUGUGUACAAAUACAAGAAGCUAUUUCAUCGACAAUUUCACAUGAAAAUACAGCAAAAUUACCUCAAUAUAUUGCUAUAUUUCCAUAUGAAGCUCAACAAGAUGAUGAAUUAAGUUUUCCAGCUGAUGCUAUUUUAGAAAUAUUACCUGAAGCUAAUACUAGUGGAUGGUUUAAAGCUCGUUUUGGUGAUCAAGUUGGUUUAAUUCCAUCGACUUAUGUACAACCAAUUGAUACGCAUAGUCAAUGUAAGUACAAUUGA